AUGGACUCCGCGGCCGAGGCCGCCGCCUCCCAGCGGCGCCGCGACGAGCUGCUCGUCCUGGCAGCCAACCACGGCUUCCUGGCCGACGUGGAGCAGCUACUGGGCGGGGGCGCGCAGGCGGCCGCACGGGACAAGGCCGGCAUCUGCGCCAUCCACUUCGCCUCCCGCAAGGGCCACGCGGCCGUGGUCCAGCUGCUGCUGUCCCGCGGCGUGGACAUCGACGCCGAGGACCCGGGCGGCCGGACCCCGCUGCACUACGCCUGCGCGGGCGGGCGAGGGGACGUGGCCAAGACGCUGGUGAAGAAGGGCGCGUGGCUGGACGCCUACGAUGCGCGGGACGACUCCGCGCUCCACCUGGCCGUGCGCGGCGGCCACGCGCCGAUCGUCAAGCAGCUGCUCAUGGGCGGCGCCAAGACGCACCUGAGGAACGGGAGGGGAUUGACGCCCCUGGGGGAGGCGGUGGCGGGCGGGCACCUGGAGGCCGCGCGGCUGCUGGUCGAGAACGGCGCAGACGCGGCGGACAGGCCGCGCGGGUACAGCCUGCUGCACCUGGCGGCGGGGAUGGGGCGGGAGGGGUGCCUGGGGCUGAUGCUGCAGCACCUCAAGGUUGGGGGGGUGCAAUGUCCGGGCGGGGUCACGCCGCUGCACAGCGCGGCGGUGGGCGGGUCCGCGGCGUGCGUGGAGCUGCUGCUGGAGAGCGGCGUGGACCCAUCGGCGGUCGACGGGGAGGACAAGACGGCGCUGGACUGGGCGACGGAGGCGGGGGGGGAGGCCGCGGCCGCGGUUUUGAAAAAGAGAGCGGCAAAAAGGAAGGGGAAGAAGAAGAGGGAGGCGCCGGAGCCGGCCCCGGAGGCGCAGCCCAUGGACUGGGGGGAUGAGCGGAUCGGGGAGUUUGCGAAAUUGCCUCACGGGCAGCAGAUGGCGCAGAUCGAGAAGUGGGCGGAGGCGCCAGACCAGGCUCUGCGGUCCCUGGACCACCUGGACGAGGGCGCACGGAAGGCGAUCGGGGAGGUGGGGAACUUCAUGCGGAAGCUGAACUGCCACCGGGCUCUGCACAGCCUGAGGCAGGACGAGGGGUUCCAGGAGGACGUGGGGAGCGACGCGGUGAUGGCGGCCAUACAGGAGGUCACGCGGAACCCCACGGCGGUGCAAAAGUACUCGUCAGACAAGAAGAUCAUGGGCGUGCUGGCGAAGCUGAGGCGGCUGCAGGCGGCCCUCCGGCAGAACGGGAGGACGAAGAUCAUUUUUGACGAGCUGGUUGGCGGCAGCAGCACCGAUUUUGACGAGGUGGAGCACUCCCUGGAGGAAUCUCUGAAGGGAGCGAAAGAGGCCGUGAUCGAGGCGGUCUUGCAGCAGAAGAUCAAGGAAGACAAACAGGACAAGUCUCUGGGCCGGGCGGCGCCGGAAAAUGAAUGGGGCCGCAGGAAGAGCCGAUCAACGUCAAACACGCUAGAGAGGGAGUCGUUGUGGAGGGCGAUGGGCAGAGAGUUUGUUCGGCAGUUUGUCUUGGCAGUUGCAGUCGCCGCCUUGGUUUUAUUCGGCCUCUGGGCAACCAACAGACUUCCGUGGAACGACCCCAAGUGGCUACAAGAACACCUGAAGGGAGAUGGCCCCAGGCCUGCCACCAUCAUUCACGAUCCUCAAACCCACAAGAACAUGUACAAGGACUCUGUGUGCAGAGACAAUCCACACUUGUGUGGAACGGAAUUGUAG